AUGAAACUGCUUCAUAUUAAUGAUCCUCGUGAAGUGAUCCCGAUCGGUUGCCGGCUGCUAAAGCUGUUCGGGUUAGGGCGUAGUGAAAAGCUUAAGCUCCUGUACUGGACACAGGUGGUGUUCUAUCUCGUGUUCAGUCUCAUUCCCCGUAUUUUGAUGAAGAUCGAGGAUACGGUUACGCUGCUACGGUUGGGUGCAGAGCUAGCCUUUGUCUCGUACCUGUAUUCACAAAUAUUGGCCCUCUACAUUCGACGGAAAAAUCUGUACCAUUUGGUCGACAUGCUACAACAGUGCGCUAACAAACAGUAUUCGGAGACGAUUGAUACAUUUCUGAUCCGAUCGAAUGCCAAAAUUAACAAAUUUUCGGUAAUCUGCUGCAAGUACUUCUUUCUCAUGUACAUCCUGUACUGUGUGAUGCCACCGCUAGUGUCAACAGGUGUUUACUUUCGUAACACUGGCAAUCUGACAGACGAGCGAGAAGAGUUUAUCAUUUCCACUGAGAUGAACCUCUACUAUCUGGACAUUCGCUACAAUGUGCUGCACUAUUCAUUCUACACGCUUAUCAUCUGCAUGCUAACGGUCACAUCGGCUCUUUCGCUGUGCAUAAAGGACGUAAUGGAUGUGUCGGUCAUCAAAACGACAGCCCUCAUGUUCCAGGUAACUGCUAUGCAGAUUCGAGAACUGCGAGAAUACAUCUCACAGACACAGCUCAACACCGUCAUCGCAUCCCAUCGGGACACUUUACUGUGCGCCCAGAGCUUACAGGAUACGCUCAACCUGUCGCUGCUGUUUCAGCUUACAUUCUGCAGUGCUAUAUGGUGCCUUAUGCUGUUCUACAUCCUGAUGAUGGGAUUUGAUUCAAGAAUCUUAAAUGUGGUGAUACUGUUGCUCAUCGUAACGAUCGAAACCUACACGUACUGCACGCUAGGAACGCACCUGACCGAUAAGGGAGAGGAGGUGCUAAUGGCUCUGCAACAGCUCGCCUGGUACGAUCAAUCGGUCACUGUGCAAAAGCAAAUUCUCCUCAUGAUAAGUCGUUCACAGAAGCCCAUCAUCUUGACAGCCGGAAAGCUUUUCUACGCCAGCGUGUUGCAGUUCAGUGAGAUGGUGCAAAAGUCUUACUCGUUCUAUCUUGUUUUGAAAAAUGUUUUCUAA